UCAUAGACCAGAUCUCGCCCACCCGUUGAAACAACUGCAGCCUGUUUUUGCGUUUUGUUUCCAUCGUGUAUCUGCAUGCACGCCGUCAACUCGCCAAAUGAUCGGAAAACAGCCGUGUCCAACCUUCUAUCCUGAUUCCUGAUGCUAAAAUCAGAAUUAGAGAACCGCUAACCUAGAAACUGCCUAGCGGCCCGAUCGCCACAAAACCGUCGGCGCAUGAACUCGACCCCGGCUUUGUCGCAGAAAACGCCUCCCGAAACUCUUUUCCCCUGGCCUCUCUCCACAACCACUAAGCCGGUGCGCAACGACACAGUCACGGCGGCUUCUUCUCCCCCCAGCAGAGGCCAGUCGCACCCUCGUCCGAAUCUUGCGCUCGUCCCCCCUUGAAGGCGCAUAGACGACCAAAGACGAGAGAUGUCAAACGUCCAGACGUCGCCCUGGUUUCGGGGCUUUCGGGCCCCCUGCUACGAGUCUGUCCGUGGCAUCUGAUUCGGCUCUCGGCUGGUCGCGCGAAAAGAGCAGGGAGUUGAGACGCCCAGGUCAAAGUUUUAGCGCCAGGAAACACGACAAGGAAAGAAGUCGAGGCAGAAUGAAGACGAGAAAUAGGAAAGAUGGGGCUUUUUCAUGCCUUUGUCAAUCGAGUAUAAGAAGAAGCGCAAGUCCGGGCCCAGGAUGUUUGGCUUCUUCUUUCUCUCCAUCACCAUCACGAC